CAAACGGGUAGUGGUUAUCUUACCUGUGUGCUUCUCCGUCUUCGGCGUGGAGGCCAUCGUUUACCCUGGCCCGCGCAAUUGUUUCUCGCAAGGAUAUCGAGACACUGAACAUGGGCAACUCCGCCUUGAAGAGGCAUUACGAGACCGCGGAGAAAACCGCUACCCUGAAGUUGUCGCAGUGUAAGCUGGACAAGUUCUCGCGGAAACUCCACGACCUAGCGCCGACUCUGCGCACCCUGGAUCUGUCCGAGAACAGUUUUACGACACUGCCGAACGAGAUCGGCGACUUCACGCUGCUGAAGCAGCUGAACUUCAGCCAUAACCGACUGACCGCUCUGCCUGGCACGUUGGGCUCGCUUGAGAAACUCGAGGGCCUAAACUGCGCCGCGAAUCAGAUCAGAUCAAUUCCGUCGUCGCUGGGAAAUCUGAACCACUUGAAGCAGGUCAAUUUGUCCGACAAUCAGAUCUCCGACUUCCCGCUGAUGUUCUGCGGUCUCAGGCACCUGGAUGUCCUGGAUCUGUCCAAGAAUCGGCUUACGAUAGUGCCGGAAGCUGCCGCUGAUCUCCAUGUGAUCGAGCUUAAUCUUAAUCAGAAUCAAAUCACCACCAUUUCUGAGAAGCUGGCGGAUUGUCCGCGAUUGAAAACGUUAAGAUUGGAGGAGAACUGCCUACAGCUGAGCUCGGUGCCCAUCAGACUCCUCAAGGGCUCUAAGGUCUCGGUAUUGGCGCUCGAAGGAAAUCUCUUUGAGAUGAAGCAGUUCGCAGAGCUGGAUGGUUACGACAUGUACAUGGAACGCUACACAGCGGUUAAGAAGAAGAUGUUCUAAAGGAUAGUUUUAUAUUGAAAAGAAUGUAUUGUUUGUAUUAUACGUAUAAAAUUGUUCAGUAGGUAUUGAAGUUACCAAACUGUUGAAUGGAUAGCAUCA